UACGAGACCAUCCACCAUCCAUCCAUCCUCACUACCGGUUUUAACUCAGUGGGUCACAGAGAGUCUCUGUUUUAGCUUCAGAGAGUGAUACAAAGAGAGCGUGUGCAAGUAAUCACAUUGUUCACGGAUUCGUCUCAUCAAAUACUCACAGACAGAUUUGUAAGGAAGAAAGAGUGAGAGAGAUACAGAUUAAUGGACCUGAGUAAGGUAACGCUUGAGAUCUUCUCAAAACUGGAGCAGAAAUGGCUCUCGCACUGUGAGAAUACAAACAAGACUCGAGUACUCAGUAUUGAUGGAGGUGGAACCACCGGCAUUGUAGCAGGAGCAUCCCUUAUCCAUCUGGAGGAACAGAUCCGACUCAAGACAGGCGAUCCACAAGCAAGAAUAGCUGAUUUUUUUGACAUCAUAGCCGGAACUGGUAUUGGCGCUCUUCUCGCUGCUAUGCUCGCUGCCGAUGAUGGCACAGGCCGUCCUCUUUUUACUGCAGCAGAGGCUGUUGCAUAUAUCGGGAACAAGAACUCUGACUUGUUCAAGGCCAAAUUCCCCGGACUUCUCCGUCGGCGAGGGAAAUUCUCCGGUAAGAGCAUGGACAAGGCGCUGAAAGAAGCAUUCAAGAGAGAAGACGGGGAGUUAUUGACCUUAAAAGAAACGUGUAAGCCUCUUCUCGUUCCGUGCUUUGACCUGAAGAGCUCGGCUCCAUUCGUUUUCUCACGAGCCGACGCGUCCGAGUCGCCGAGUUACAACUUCGAACUCUGGAAGGUGUGCCGAGCCACAUUAGCGACACCUAGCCUCUUCAAGCCAUUUUCCUUGACCUCAAUUGACGGAAAGACCUCGUGCACAGCCGUGGACGGCGGUCUCGUGAUGAACAAUCCGACGGCGGCUGCCGUCACACACGUGCUUCACAACAAGCGCGAUUUCCCGUCGGUUAAUGGCGUUGAGGACCUCCUGGUUCUGUCCAUAGGUAACGGACCAUCAAAUACAUCGUGUGGAAGAAAGCUUCGAAACACCAACCAGUGCUCGACGUCGUCCGUCGUUGAGAUUGUGCUUGACGGUGUAUCGGAGACGGUCGACCAGAUGAUGGGUAACGCAUUUUGCUGGAAUAGAACGGAUUACGUCAGAAUCCAGGCAAACGGUUUGAUGAGUGAGGGAGUGGUGGGCCCGAGAAUGGAGGCGGAGGAGGUGUUAAAGGAGAGAGGGGUGGAGUCGUUACCGUUUGGCGGGAAGCGGUUACUAACGGAAACUAACGACGAGAGAAUCGGAAGUUUCGUGCAACGCCUUGUUGAUUCAGGGAGGAACACGAGUCUGCCACCUAGUCCCUGCAAGUUCACCGCCGUUAGCCCACUGGAAAACCGUUAGAUUUAGAAUUUCCACCCCAGCAGUUUUUUUUUAGCUUUUUUAUAAUUAUUUUUGGACCACUUUCCUCAGUGUAAUCACUGUAAUGUAACCCACUUGUGGCCCACCUCGGGUUCACUUAAUUAACUAUGUUUUAGCUAAUAAUUACGGUUUUUAUCUCUCAGUUUUGG